GAUCAUAUGCGCAUAGCGGAGCAAAUAAUGAAGACAGUUGACAGCAUGAUAGACCCUUGUGCAUCUGUGGAACAACAAUUGGCACAAAUGCGUGCCCAACUUGAAGCCCUGUCGCAUUUGCCGAUGGUAAUACAACAAAAAGUAGAUGCAGUUAACAGGCAGAUAAACCAUAUUAGAGAAAUGAGCUUCAAAGAAGUACGACAAGAAAAAUAUCUUGAGAUUGAAAAACCUGGUCAAGAAAGAAUAGUUCAAUUUGAAAGACAUCCAGAAGAUUCGAGACAUUCCGUUGAAAUAACAGAGCUUGAACCGGAUAAUGAUGUGGAAGGAGAGAAGGAGAAAAAUCUAGAAAUAAGAGUGACGAAGCCGAGUUUGACAGAAGAAGAAUUGCAGUUACAACAGGAAGAUAUAAAGAAAAUGUUAGAGUGUAAAAUGAAAAAGAAUACGCAUAAAGAGGAAACAAUCCACCAGAUCCAAUUAGAAAAUCAACCCCAAUUAACUCAACGUGUGAAACCAACCCCUGCAUUCGGACCGGCUCCUCAGGAGAGAUCUCUCGUCCUCCCUGGUGGGAGGAGGUGGAAAAAGUCAAUGGAGUACAACGAAGAACUUAUCCAGGAAACACUGACAGCUCAGGCAGAAGUCAUUAAGGGGAAUGCUAUUGGAGUCAAUUUUAUGAAAUACGAAAAACCACUGCCCGCACUUGACCAUUUGCAGCGUUCUGAAGUCUUCAAAGCAAUUCACAAUAUGGACGAAGCGCCGACGAAGAAAGUUGAAAUGCUUAGACCUGCCUUCGCAGAGGCCGAUUAUAGAGAGCUGGAAGUGUUGGUGGACUUUGGUGCAAAUCCUGAUCAAAAAAUGAUAGACAAAACGCUGAAUCACUUAAAAGGCCAAGACGGUGUAAAAGAGGCUUUAUUCAAAGAUGGCGCUGUAGUUAUAGAGACAACGCUACCCAGUUCCCUUAUACUAGAUAUUGUGACGAAAUCAUCUGGAAAACGAGCCGUUUUACAAGGAUUCGGAGAGACUCAAUCAGCGGUUGCCAUGAUAUCGAGCCAGAAUUGCUGUAAGAAUCAAGUUCUGGGCGUAAUCAGAUUCCAGCAGAGUGAAGGGGGUCCGCUGAUAGCCGAUGGCAGUGUGGACGGUCUGGCACCAGGUGAACAUGGCAUUCACGUUCACGAUACUGGAGAUAUAAGCUUGGGUUGUAACUCAAUCGGUGACCACUAUAACCCCCAGCAAUCCCCACACGGAGGGCCCUCGGACCCCCCCGAUAAGAGACACGCGGGGGACCUGGGUAAUAUCACCGCAGAUGAAAAUGGAAGGGCAACGUUCAGGAUUUUGGAUAGUGUAUUAAAUAUCUACGACAUCGUGGGCAGGUCGGUAGCGAUAAAAGAGGGUUCUGACGAUUUCGGUAGAGGUUCGAGUCCCGCUUCAAAAGUUGAUGGGAACGCGGGCUCGUCCAUAGCCUGCGGUAUAAUAGCAAGAUCAGCCGGUAUCUUCCAAAAUCCUAAAAGAAUAUGCGCGUGCGACGGUGUAGUUGUAUGGGAUGAAAAGGAUAGGCCAUUGGCGGGAAAAGGAAGGAGGGAUAAGUGUUGCCAUAGCAAGAAUGAUAAUCAGGAACAAGUUAAAAUGUGCUGCAAGGUUUAAAUAAAAGUGUAUUUUUUUUUUAAAUUUGCUUCUGUAAAUAAAUUAUUUACAAUACGGUGUUUAA